CCAUGGGCAAGGCCUUCUACAAGGGCGGCUUCGAGCCGCGCAUGACCAAGAAGGAAGCCUCGCUCAUUCUCUCGCUAAACGAGCGAUCCAUCACAAAAGACAAAGUCCGCAAGGCCCACCGAACCCUCAUGCUCCUGAACCACCCCGAUCGAGGCGGCAGCCCUUACCUGGCGACAAAGGUCAACGAGGCCAAAGAACUACUCGAUAAAACCGUCUGA